AUGUUGCACAUCUCGCGCUCGACGCGAUUGUCGGUGGUGAUUGGCAUUUCAACUUGCUUCUUCGUCGGCGAGAUUUCGUUGGGCUUCUAUACCCAUUCACUCGCCUUGAUUGCAGAUGCUUUUCACUACCUGAAUGAUCUGUUGGGGUUUGUGGUCGCCCUGGUGGCUUUGAAGAUCUCGGAGAAGGGUGACUCCCCCAAGGGUCUUUCCUUCGGCUGGCAGCGUGCUCAACUGCUUGGUGCUUUCUUCAACGGAGUCCUCCUGUUUGCCCUCGGUAUCAGCAUCUUCUUGCAGUCAAUCGAGCGGUUCAUCUCCUUGCACCGCAUCGAAAACCCCGUGUUAGUCUUGGUAGUCGGGUGCAUUGGCCUGGGGCUCAAUAUCAUCAGCGCGCUGUUUCUCCACGAACAUGAUCAUGGCCACGCGCAUGGCUCCCCGUCGAUGUUUGAAGAUGAGUUGGCGCAUAUCAGGGAGUCUGACGAGGAUACAAUCCUCAAGCACCAUGAUCACAAACAUCCACGCUUCAAGACGUCAGUGCCUACACACUGUUACGAUCACGAUAGCCACGGGCAUGGUCACGGGAAUGGUCACGGGCACGACCACGGUGACCUGGGAAUGACAGGAGUCCUUCUGCACGUGCUGUGUGAUGCCGCCAACAAUCUUGGCGUCAUUGCUGCCGCUUUAGUGAUCUGGCUGGCGAAAUACGAUGGUCGCUACUAUGCUGACCCAGGCGUGAGCAUGGGGAUUGCAAUCAUGAUUUUCCUGUCAUCCAUUCCGCUAGUCCGAACCACCGGUCUGAUCCUACUGGAAAGUGCUCCGAACGAGGUCGACUUGAACGAUGUGCAGCAUGAUCUGGAAAAGGUGCCCGGCGUGCAUUCAAUCCACGAACUACAUAUCUGGCGCCUCAACCAGCGAAAAACUAUCGCAUCCGUGCACGUUGUCGUCUCUGAAUCCUCAGUGUACAGUUUUUUGAAAACUGCCAAGACAAUCAAUGAAUGUCUUCACGCCUACGGGAUCCACUCUGCCACCCUCCAGCCCGAGGCUUUGUCAGAAGCCGACACGACCUAUUCAGCCUCCGGAGAGGAGAGCCAGCGGUGCCAAGUCGUGUGCGGAACUGUGUGUGAAGCCCUGAGCUGCUGUGGAUGA